AUGAGGCCCCGGGCGCCGCUCCUGCGGCUGCUGCUGGCGGUCUCCGCGGCCACGGCGGCGGUGGUCGGCGAGCCCGGGACGGCGCUGCCCCUUACCACGGGGGGCGCCACCCUGGCCAUCGUCUUCGACGUCACCGGCUCCAUGUGGGACGACCUGAUGCAGGUGAUGGACGGCGCCUCGCGCAUUCUGGAGCAUAGCCUGAGCCGCGGCAGCCGGGUCAUCGCCAACUACGCGCUGGUGCCCUUCCACGACCCAGAUAUUGGCCCGGUGACCCUCACAUCAGACCCGGCGGUGUUUCAGAGGGAGCUGAGAGAACUCUACGUGCAGGGAGGCGGGGACUGCCCAGAGAUGAGCUUGGGGGCCAUCAAGGCUGCCGUGGAGGUGGCCAACCCCGGCUCCUUCAUCUACGUCUUCUCGGACGCCCGUGCCAAGGACUACCACAAGAAGGACGAAGUGCUGCAGCUCCUGCAGCUUAAACAGUCGCAGGUGGUCUUCGUGCUGACGGGGGACUGUGGUGACCGCACCCACCCUGGCUACCUGGCCUACGAGGAGAUCGCCGCCAGCAGCUCCGGGCAGGUGUUCCACCUGGACAAGCAGCAGGUGACCGAGGUGCUGAAAUGGGUGGAGUCAGCCAUCCAGGCCUCCAAGGUGCACCUGCUGUCCACAGACCACGAGGAGGGCGGUGAGCACACGUGGAAGAUCCCCUUCGACCCCAGCCUGAAGGAGGUCACCAUCUCCCUGAGUGGCCCAGGGCCUGAGAUCGAAGUCCGAGACCCACUGGGGAGGAUCCUGCAGAGGGAUGACGGCCUCAACGUGCUCCUCAGCAUCCCUGACUCUGCCAAGGUCGUGGCCUUUAAGCCUGAGCAUCCCGGGCUGUGGUCCAUCAAGGUCUACAGCAGCGGCCGCCAUUCGGUCAGGAUCACGGGCAUCAGCAACAUCGACUUCCGAGCUGGCUUCUCCACUCAGCCCUCCCUGGACCUCAACCACACCAUCGAGUGGCCCCUGCAAGGCGUGCCCAUCUCCCUGGUGAUCAACUCCACGGGCCUGCGGGUACCCGGCCGCCUGGACUCAGUGGAGCUCUCACACAGCUCAGGGCGGUCCCUCCUGACUUUGCCCACGCAGCCCCUCUCCAAUGGAUCAACCCACCAGCUGUGGGGUGGGCCGCCCUUCCACAGCCCCCAGGAGCGUUUCUACCUCAAGGUGAAGGGCAAGGAUCAUGAGGGAAACCCUCUCCUCCGUGUCUCCGGAGUUUCCUACCGUGGGGUGACUCCAGGUGCCCCCCUGGUCAGCAUGCCCCCCAGGAUCCAUGGCUACCUCCACCAGCCCCUGCAGAUCUCCUGUUCUGUGCACAGUGCCCUCCCUUUCCGGCUACAGCUGCGGCGGGACGGAGCCAGGCUGGGGGAGGAGAGGCGCUUUCGGGAUUCAGGGAACAGCAGCUGGGAGAUUCCACGGGCCUCCAAGGCUGAGGAAGGCACGUAUGAAUGCACGGCAGUCAGCCGCGCUGGGACCGGACGAGCGAGGACUCGGAUCGUCGUCACAGACCCCCCGCCGCAGCUGGUCCCUGUCCCCAAUGUGACCGUGUCCCCCGGAGAGACCGCCAUCCUGUCCUGCCUGGUCCUGAGUGAGGCCCCCUACAACCUGACCUGGGUCCGGGACUGGCGAGUCCUGUCAGCCUCGAUGGGCAGAGUCACCCAGCUGGCCGACUUAUCCCUGGAGAUCAAGAAUACCACCCCCAGCGAUGGCGGGCGGUACCAGUGCAUGGCCAGCAACUCCAAUGGAGUCACGAGGGCAUCCGUCUGGCUCCUGGUGCGAGAGGCCCCGCAGGUCAGCAUCCACACCAGGUCACAGAGCUUCUCCCAGGGCCGGGAGGUGAGGAUCCACUGCUCGGCCUCUGGAUACCCUGCACCCCACAUCUCCUGGAGCCGCGAGGGUCGCGCCCUGCAGGAGGACAGCAGAGUCCGCGUGGAUGCCCAGGGAACCCUGAUCAUUCAGGGGGUGGCCCCAGAGGAUGCUGGGAGUUACAGCUGCCAGGCUGCUAAUGAGAUUGGCAGAGAUGAAGAGACGGUCACCCUCUACUAUACAGACCCACCAUCCGUGUCGGCUGUAAACGGCGUGGUGCUGGCUGCCGAAGGGGAGGAGGCGGUGCUGGCGUGCGUGGCGACCGGGGUUCCCCCGCCCCGGGUCAUCUGGUAUCGAGGGGAUCUUGAAAUGAUUUUGGCCUCUGAGGACUCCAUUUCUGGGAUGCUGCGGAUCCCGGUGGUUCGUGAGAGGGAUGCUGGCAUCUAUACCUGCCGAGCUGUCAAUGAGCUGGGCGACGCCACUGCAGAAAUCCGGCUGGAGGUUGGACAUGCACCCCAGCUCCUGGAGCCACCCCAGGACGUCACUGUGGAACUGGGGAGGAGCGCCCUCCUGGCGUGCCGGGCCACGGGUCGCCCACCACCUACCAUCACCUGGCGCCGUGGAGAUGACCAGCCUCUGGGGCCCGGGCUGGGCAGCAGGACUGGGUGGCCCGAUGCAGGAGUGCUGUUCUUUGAAAGUGUGGUCCCCGAAGACCAGGCCCCGUAUGUCUGCGAAGCUGAGAACGUCUUUGGGAAGGUCCAGGCGGAGGCCUACCUCCUCGUGACUGGACACGUGCCCCCACAGAUUGCCAGCAGCGCCCCCACUGUCCGGGUGCUGGAGAGGCAGCCGGUGUCUCUGCCCUGUAUCAUCCUGGCUGGGAGGCCCCGCCCCGAGCGGCGCUGGCUCAAGGCCGGCAUGCCUCUCCCACCAGGCAGCCGGCAUUCCGUCCGGGCAGACGGCAGCCUCCACCUUGACCAGGUGUUGUUGGAGGACGCCGGCAGGUACAGCUGUGUGGUCAGCAACACGGCUGGCUCUCACCAUAGAGACGUGCAGCUGGUUGUCCAGGUGCCACCUAGAAUCCAGCCCACUGCCACCCACCACAUCACCAAUGAAGGCGUUCCAGCCUCUCUCCCCUGUGUAGCCUCAGGAGUUCCCACCCCCACCAUCACCUGGACCAAGGAGACCAAUGCCCUGGCCUCCGGGGAUCCCCACUACAACGUGAGCAAGGAUGGCACCCUGGUCAUCCCCUGGCCGUCUGUCCAGGACGCAGGGGCCUAUGUCUGCACAGCCACCAAUACAGUGGGCUUCUCCAGCCAGGAGAUGCGGCUUUCUGUCAACACCAAGCCCAGGAUCCUUGUGAAUGGAUCACAUGAAGCAGACAAGCCUCUGAGGGUCACGGCCAAGGCUGGUGAUGAAGUGACCCUUGACUGUGAGGCCCAGGGCUCUCCACCCCCACUGGUCACCUGGACCAAGGACUCCCGCCCCAUGCUGCCCAUCACCGACAGGCAUCACCUCCUCCUGCCGGGCUCCCUGCGUCUGGCUCAGACCCAGGUCAGUGACAGCGGCCUCUACGAAUGCACAGCCAGUAACCCUGCCGGGUCCGCUUCUCAGUACUACAUCCUCAGGGUGCAAGUGCCCCCCCAGGUGCAGCCGGGCCCGCGGGUCCUGAAGGUGCUAGUGGGAGAAGCCGUGGACCUGAACUGUGUGGCCGAGGGCAGCCCGGAGCCCCGGGUGACCUGGUCCAAGGAUGGGGUGGCCCUGCGCGGUGAGGGGCCCGAGGGCUCCGUCCACUUCGGGGCCAUCCAAACCUCCCACGCCGGGACAUACCGCUGCGAGGCAUCCAGCAGCGCCGGGGUAGACGCCUGGGAGCUGGAUCUCAGGGUGCUGGAGCCACCACACUGGGGGGCUGAUGAGACAAGCGGCCUACUGGAGAGGAUAGCAGGAGAGAAUGCCAGCCUGCCAUGUCCUGCCAGAGGGACGCCCAAGCCGCAGGUCACGUGGCGGAAGGGCCCGUCGUCUGAGCCGCUGCGUGGCCGGCCAGGCCUGGCGGUGCUGGACGAAGGCUCUCUGUUCCUGGCCUCCGUCUCUCCCUCUGACGGCGGAGACUAUGAGUGCCAGGCCACCAACGAGGCGGGCUCCGCGUCCAGGAGAGCCAAGCUGGUGGUCCGUGUGCCCCCCAGCCUCCGGGAGGACGGGCGCAGGGCCAACGUGUCGGGCAUGGCGGGGCAGUCCCUGACCCUGGAGUGUGACGCCAGUGGCUUCCCAGCCCCCGAGAUCACGUGGCUCAAGAACGGGAGGCAGAUCCCCGCCGUGGGUGGCCACCGCCUCCUGGAUGGAGCCCGGGCCCUCCACUUUCCCAGGAUCCAGGAGGGCGACUCUGGCCUCUAUUCCUGCCGAGCCGAGAACCAGGCAGGGGCCGCCCAGAGGGACUUCGAUCUGCUCGUGCUCAUUCCACCUUCGGUGCUUGGAGCCGAGGCUGCCCAGGAGGUGGUGGGUCUGGCUGGUGCAGGGGUGGAGCUGGAGUGCCGGACCUCGGGGGUCCCCACACCCCAGGUGGAAUGGACCAAGGACGGGCAACCUGUCUUUCUGGGGGAGCCUCACAUCCAGCUUCAGGAGGAUGGCCAGGUUCUCAGAAUCACCAACAGUCACCUGGGAGAUGAGGGCUGGUACCAGUGUGUGGCCUUCAGCCCAGCCGGCCAGCAGACCAAGGACUUUCAGCUCAGAAUCCACACACCCCCCACCAUCUGGGGCUCCAAUGAGACGAGCGAGGUGGCCGUCAUGGAGGGCCACCCCGUGUGGUUUCUGUGCGAGGCCCGAGGGGUGCCCAUGCCCGAUAUCACCUGGUUCAAGGAUGGUGACCCCCUGGUUCCCAGCUCUGAGGUGGUCUACACCAGAGGCGGCCGGCAGCUGCAGCUGGAGCGGGCCCAGGGUUCGGAUGCUGGCACCUACAGCUGCAAGGCCAGCAAUGCCGUGGGGGUCGUGGAGAAGACCACCCGGCUGGAGGUUUAUGUCCCACCCACCAUCGCGGGCACUGGCGAAGGACCUCGAGUGGUGAAAGCCGUGGCCGGGAGGCCCUUGACCCUCGAGUGUGUGGCCAGAGGCUACCCACCCCCCACCAUCUCCUGGUACCACGAGGGGCUGCCCGUGGUGGAGAGCAACGGGACGUGGCUGGAGGCAGGCGGCGGCGUACUGGGCCUGGAGAGCCUGGGGGAGGCGUCCGGAGGCCUGUACAGCUGCGUGGCCAGCAGCCCCGCAGGGGAGGCCGUGCUGCAUUACUCCGUGGAGGUGCAGGUUGCCCCGCAGCUCCUGGUGGCUGAAGGCUUGGGCCAGGUGACCACCCUCGUGGGACAGUCCCUGUACCUUCCCUGCCAUGCUUCGGGCUCCCCAGUGCCCACGAUCCGGUGGCUGCAGAAUGGCCACCCGGCCGAGGAGCUGCCCGGGGUGCAGGUGGCCUCGCAGGGGACCACUCUGCACAUCGACCGUGUGGAGCUGGGCCACGCGGGUCUCUUCGCUUGCCAGGCCACCAAUGAGGCUGGCACGGCCGCGGCCGAGGUGGAGCUGUCUGUGCACGAGCUCCCAUCGGUGGUCAUAGUUGGGGGUGAGAACAUCACAGCCCCUUUCCUGCAGCCUGUGACCCUCCGAUGUGCAGGGACUGGGGUGCCUACCCCAAGCCUCCGCUGGUGGAAGGAUGGGGUGGCUCUGGCAGCCUCGGGGGGGAGCCUGCAGAUUGAGAAGGUGGACCUGAAGGACGAAGGCACCUACACUUGUGUUGCCUCUAACCUGGCCGGGGAGAGCAGGAGGGAAGUGACGCUCAGGGUGUUAGUGCCUCCCAACAUCGAGCCAGGUCUGGUCAACAAGGCGGUGCUAGAAAAUGCCUCUGUGACCUUGGAGUGCCUGGCUUCCGGCGUGCCCUCCCCUGAUAUCUCCUGGUUUAAGGGCCGCCAGCCUGUCUCUGCCUGGAACAGAGCGAUGGUAUCAACUGAUGGGAGAGUUCUUCUCAUUGAGCAAGCCCAGCUUUCUGAUGCUGGGAGCUACCGCUGUGUGGCAUCCAAUGUGGUGGGCAGCACAGAGCUGCAGUACAGCCUACGGGUCAACGUGCCCCCGCGCAUCACGCUGCCGCCCAGCCUCCCAGGCCCCGUGCUGCUCCACAGCCCGGUUCGGCUGACCUGUAACGCCACCGGGGCUCCCAGCCCCCUGCUGAUGUGGCUGAAGGAUGGAAACCCUGUGUCCACUGCAGGGACCACCGGUCUCCAGGUCUUCCCUGGGGGCCGGGUCCUCAUGCUGGCCAGUGCCCGGGCCUCCGACUCUGGCAGCUACUCCUGCGUGGCCGUGAGUGCAGUGGGCGAGGACCGCCGGGACGUCAUCCUGCGUGUCCACACGCCCCCCAGCAUCCUCGGAGAAGAGCGGAACGUGUCUGUCGUGGCCAACGAGUCCGUGGCCCUGGAGUGCCAGAGCCACGCCUUCCCCCGUCCCGUGCUGAGCUGGCGCAAGGACGGCCGCCCCCUGGAGCCCCGGCCUGGCGUCCACCUCUCUGCAGACAAAGCCUUGCUGGAGGUGGACAGAGCUGAUGUGGGGGAUACGGGCCGCUAUACCUGUGAGGCGCUGAACCAAGUGGGCCGCUCGGAGAAGCACUACAACCUCAAUGUCUGGGUCCCUCCAGUGUUCCCCUCGCGGGAGCCGCGCACCCUGACUGUGACCGAGGGGCACCCCGCCAGGCUCUCCUGCGAUUGUCGGGGCGUUCCCUUCCCCAGGAUCUCCUGGAAGAAGGACGGUCAGCCUCUGCCCAGGGAGGGGGCCAGCCUUGGGCAGGUGUCAGCUGUGGGGCGGCUGCUGUAUCUGGGAUGGGCCCAGGCGGACCAGGAGGGAACGUACACCUGUGAGUGCAGCAACGUGGCCGGAAACAGCAGCCAGGACCAGCAGCUAGUGGUGUAUGUUCCCCCGCAGAUUCCCGGUCCCGCGGAGCCCUACGCGGAGGUGUCCGUGGUUCAGGACGAGGAGGCCAGCCUGGAAUGCAACGCCACAGGGAAACCCGCGCCCAGGGUGACGUGGGAGCGGGACGGGUGGCCCGUGGGGCCCGAGCCCGGCCUGCGGCUCCAGAACUACGGCCAGAAUCUGCACGUGGCGCGGGCUCAGCCUGCCCACGCCGGGCGCUACAGCUGCGUGGCCGAGAACGAGGCCGGGAGGGCCGAGCGGAGGUUUUCGCUCUCCGUGCUCGUGCCUCCAGAGCUCACUGGCGACUUGGGCCCGCUGACCAAUGUCACAGCCACCCUGCACAGCCCCUUGUCACUGUUCUGUGAAGCCACGGGCAUCCCACCACCAGGGGUCCGCUGGUUCCGAGGGGACGAGCCUGUCAGCCCUGGGGAGAACACCUACCUCUUAGCAGGUGGCUGGAUGCUGAAGCUGACCCGGGCGCAGGAGCAGGACAGAGGCCUCUAUUCCUGCCUGGCCAGCAACGAGGCUGGGGAGGCGCGGAGGGACUUCAGCGUGGAGGUCCUGGUUCCUCCCAGUAUUGAGAAGGAGGAUGUGGAGGACGCAGUCAAGGUCCCCGAGGGGGAGACGGCCCACCUGAUGUGCAACGUCUCAGGCCACCCACAGCCCAAGGUCACAUGGUUCAAAGACGGCCGACCCCUGGCUAGUGGAGACGCCCACCACGUUUCUCCAGAUGGAGCCCUCCUGCGGGUCCUCCAGGCCAACCUGUCUAGUGCGGGCCACUACUCCUGCAUUGCAGCCAACACCAUAGGGGAAAAGACCAAGCAUUUCCAGCUUAGCGUCCUGGUGGUUCCCACCAUCCUGGGAGUGACGGAGGACAACAUGGACGAGGAGGUGACCGUGACCAUCAACAACCCCAUCUCUCUCAUCUGCGAGACGCGGGCCUUUCCUGCCCCCACCAUCACCUGGAUGAAGGACGGGGCCCCUUUUGAGGCCUCGAACAACAUCCAGCUGCUCCCAGCAGGCACCCAUGGGCUGCAGAUUCUGAAUGCCCAGAAGGAAGACGCGGGCCAGUACACCUGCGUGGUCACCAAUGAGCUGGGCGAGGCCAUGAAGAACUACCACGUGGAAGUCCUCAUCCCCCCUUCCAUCUCCAAAGAUGACCUCUUCGGGGAGGUCAGCAUGAAGGAAGUGAAGACCAAGGUCAACAGCACCUUGACCCUGGAGUGUGAGUGCUGGGCCAUGCCCCCACCCACCAUCAGCUGGUACAAGGACGGACAGCCCGUGACCCCCAACGAGCGUGUCCACAUCCUCGGCGAAGGACGGCUGCUCCAGAUCCAGCCCACGCAGGUCUCCGAUUCGGGGCGAUACCUGUGUGUGGCCACCAACGUGGCUGGCGAGGAUGACCAGGACUUCAACGUGCUCAUCCAGGUACCCCCCAUAUUCCAGAAGGUGGGCGAUGCCACUGCAGACUUUGAGACCCCAUUCCGGGAGGAAGAGGCCCGGGGUGGGGUGACGGAAUACCGGGAGGUCGUGGAGAACAACCCCGUCUACCUGUACUGCGACACCAACGCGGUGCCAGCCCCGGAGCUGACCUGGUACAGGGAGGACCGCCGCCUCUCGGUCGAGGACGGGGUGUCUGUUCUGCAAGGGGGCCGGGUCCUGCAGAUCCCCCUGGUACGGGCGGAGGAUGCGGGAAGGUACUCGUGCAGGGCCUCCAACGAGGUGGGCGAGGACUGGCUGCACUACGAGCUGCUGGUACUGACCCCACCUGUGAUCCUGGGUGAAACGGUGGCGCUUGUAGAGGAGGUGACCGUCAACGCCAACAGCACCGUCAGCCUGUACUGCCCAGCCCUGGGCAGCCCUGCACCCACCAUCUCGUGGCUCCAGAACGGGCUGCCUUUCUCCCCAAGCCCACGGCUGCAGGUCCUGGAAGGCGGGCGAAUCUUACAGGUUUCCACGGUGGAAGUGGCUGACGCUGCCAGCUACAUGUGUGUGGCCGAGAACCCAGCAGGCUCCGCAGAGAAGCUCUUCACACUCAGGGUGCAAGUCCCACCACGAAUCGCAGGUCUGAACCCAGAGCAGAUCACCACCACCCUCAACAGCAGCGUCUCCCUGCCCUGUGACGUCCAUGCUCACCCCAGCCCCGAGGUCACUUGGUACAAGGACGGCUGGACCCUCCCCCUAGGAGAAGAGGUCUUCCUCCUGCCUGGCACCCACACCCUGCAGCUGACUCGGGUUCAGCUCUUGGACUCCGGGAUGUACAUGUGUGAGGCCCUCAACGCCGCUGGCCGAGACCAGAAGCUGGUGCAGCUUAGCGUGCUGGUUCCCCCCACCUUCCGGCAGGCGCCCAGCAGACCCCAGGAUGCGGUCCUGGUGAGUGCGGGGGACAAGGCCGUCCUGAGCUGUGAGACAGACGCGCUCCCCGAGCCAACUGUGGCCUGGCAGAAGGACGGGCAGCCCCUGGUCCUGCCAGAGCGAUUCCAAGCUCUGCUGGGCGGGCAGAGGCUGGAGAUCCAGGAUGCCCAGGUGUCGGAUAAAGGUUUAUACAGCUGUAGAGUCAGCAAUGCAGCCGGGGAGGCCAUGCGGGCAUUCAGCCUCACGGUCCAGGUGCCCCCGACGUUUGAGAACCCAGAGACGGAGUCGGUGAGCCAGGUGGCUGGGAGCCGCCUGGUCCUGAGCUGUGAUGUGACCGGGGUCCCUGCACCUACUGUCACUUGGCUGAAGGACAGGAUACCUGUCGAGAGCAGCAUGGCACGUGGCAUGGUCUCCCGGGGGGGCCGUCUCCAGCUGAGUAACCUGCAGCCAGACCAGGCUGGUACCUACACGUGCGUGGCCGAGAACACCCAGGCUGAGGCCAGCAAGAACUUCGUGGUGGCCGUGCUGGUGGCCCCCCGGAUCCGGAGCUCAGGCACCACUCAGGAGCACAGUGUCCUGGAGGGGCAGGACGUGCAGCUGGACUGCGAGGCGGAUGGGGAGCCUCCCCCAUACGUGGUCUGGCUGAAGGAUGGCAGCCCGCUGGACGAAAGCUUGGGUGCCGACCUCUGGUUCUACCUGGAUGGCAGCUCCUUGGUGCUGAAGGGCCUGAGGGCCUCGGACUCGGGCGCCUACACCUGCGUGGCCCGCAACGCAGCCGGCGAGGACGCCAGGCUCUACACCGUCAACGUGCUGGUGCCUCCCACCAUUGAUCAGGGGCCAGAGGGUGCAGGGACCCUGGUGCACAGACUUGGUGAUCUUGUGAGCAUGGCGUGCCCCGUCCGGGGCUCCCCACCUAUCCACGUGAGCUGGCUCAAGGACGGCCUGCCCCUUCCGCUCUCCCACCGCACCCACCUCCACAGCUCUGGCCGCACCCUCCGGAUUUCCCAGGUGCAGCUGGCGGAUUCGGGCACCUUCACCUGCGUGGCCGCGAGCCCAGCAGGUGUGGCCAACAGGCACUUCGUCUUGCAGGUGCACGUGCCCCCUGUCCUGGAGCCGGCCGAGUUCCAGAAUGACGUGGCAGUGGUCCGUGGCUCCCCGGUGUUCCUCCCCUGUGAAGCCCGGGGAAGCCCCCUGCCCUUCGUGUCAUGGGUGAAGGAUGGGGAACCACUGUUGCCCCAGAGCCUGGAGCAUGGGCCUGGCCUGCUGCUGGAGGCAGUGGAAGCGGGGGACGCGGGGACCUACUCCUGCGUGGCCGUGAGCGAGGCGGGGGAAGCCAGGAGGCACUUUCGGCUGAUGGUGAUGGAUCCCCCCUACAUUGAGGACUCAGGCCAGCCUGGAGAGCUGUUGCUGACCCCUGGAAGCCCUUUGGAGCUCCUGUGUGAUGCCCGGGGCACCCCCGCACCCAACAUCACCUGGCACAAGGAUGGGCAGGCCCUGAGCAGGCCAGAGGAUGGCCAAGGGGCCAGGCGGGUGCUCUGGGUGGAGGGUGUGCAGGUGAGUGAUGCUGGGCUGUACACUUGCCUGGCCCACAGCCCUGCCGGUGAAGUUGAGAAGAGCUUCCGGAUAAGAGUUCAAGCCCCCCCAAAUGUCAUUGGGCCCCAUGGCCCCCGCUUUGUGGUUGGCCUGGCCCCGGGACAGCUGGUUCUAGAGUGCUCGGUGGAGGCAGACCCAGCACCGGAGAUCGAGUGGCACCGAGAAGGCAUCCUGCUGCAGGCAGAUGCCCACACCCAGUUCCCUGAGGAGGGCAGAUUCCUCCAGCUACAGGCCCUGAGCACGGCCGACAGCGGUGACUACAGCUGCACUGCCCACAACGCGGCGGGCAGCACCAGCCUGGCCUUCCACGUGGAGGUCCACAUGGUGCCCACCAUCCAGCCAGGACCACCUACAGUGAAUGCCUCCGUGAACCAGACGACCCUGCUGCCCUGCCAGGCAGAUGGUGCCCCCCGGCCCCUCGUGAGUUGGCGGAAGGAUGGGGUCCCCCUGGAUCUCGGGAGCCCCAGGUUUCAAGUUCUGCCUGAAGGUUCCCUGAGGAUCCAGCCAGUCCUCGCCCAGGACGCUGGCCACUAUCUCUGCCUGGCAUCCAAUCCUGCAGGUUCUGAUCUGCAGGGUCGUGACCUCCGGGUCUUCGAGCCUCCAGCCAUCGCCCCUGGCCCCUCCAACCUGACCCUGACGGCUCACAGCCCAGCCUCACUGCCCUGUGAGGCCAGUGGCUGCCCCAGGCCCGUCGUGGCCUGGUGGAAGGAUGGACAGAAGCUGGACUUCCGCCUGCAGCAGGGCGCCUACAGACUCCUGCCCUCCAACGCCUUGCUCCUUGAAGCCCCCAGACCCCAGGACUCAGCCCUGUUUGAGUGUGUGGCGAGCAAUGGAGUGGGUGAGGCCCGCAAGCUCUACUGGGUGACGGUUCAUGUGCCUCCUGCCAUUGCCGACGACCAGACGGACUUCACCGUGACCAUGAUGGCACCCGUGGUCCUCACGUGCCACAGCACGGGUGUGCCGGCCCCGGUCGUGUCCUGGAGCAAAGCGGGCACCCGGCUGGGGGUGCGAGGGAGCGGCUACCGUGUGUCUCCUUCUGGGGCCCUGGAAAUUGGGCAGGCCCUCCCCAUCCAUAGUGGCCGCUACACCUGCACAGCCCGCAAUGCCGCAGGCAUGGCCCACAAGCACGUGGUCCUCACUGUGCAAGCCUCCCCCGUGGUGAAGCCACUGCCCAGUGUGGUCUGGGCGGUGGCCGAGGAGGAGGUGCUGCUGCCCUGCAAGGCCUCAGGCAUCCCUCGGCCGAGCAUCGCCUGGCAGAAGGAGGGGCUCAGCAUGCCUGUAGGGGCCGGUACCCAGGUCCUCCCCAGUGGACAGCUGCGGAUUAUCCAUGUCAGCCCAGAGGAUGCUGGGAACUAUUUCUGCCUUGCCCAGAACAGCGCAGGCAGUGCCGUGGGGAAGACUCGGCUGGUGGUGCAAGUCCCGCCCACGAUCAAGACUGGGCUCCCCAACCUGUCCAUCACCGAGGGCGCCCACGCCCUCUUGCCCUGCACCGCCACCGGCAACCCCGAACCUAAGGUCACUUGGGAAAAGGAUGGCCAGCCUGUGUCCGGAGCCGAGGGGAAGUUCACCAUCCAGCCUUCCGGGGAGCUGUUGGUGAAAAACUCGGAGAGCCAGGACGCUGGCACUUACACCUGUACCGCUGAGAAUGCCGUGGGUCGUGCCCGCCGCCGAGUGCAUCUCACCAUCCUGGCCCUGCCUGUCUUCACCACCCUGCCCGGGGACCGCAGCCUGCGCCUCGGGGACAAGCUGUGGCUUCACUGUGCGGCCCGGGGCAGCCCUACACCCCGAAUAGGCUGGACCGUCAACAACCGGCUGGUCACAGAAGGGGUGUCCGAGCAGGAUGGGGGCAGCACGCUGCAGCGGGUGGCAGUCACCAGAGAGGACAGCGGGACCUACGUCUGCUGGGCGGAGAACAGAGUGGGCCGCGUGCAGGCGGUCAGCUUCGUCCACGUGAAGGAGGCCCCUGUCCUACAAGGAGAGUCAUUUUCCUACCUGGUGGAACCCGUUGGAGGCAGCAUCCGGCUGGACUGUGCGGUCCGUGGAGACCCGGCGCCUGACAUUUACUGGAUCAAAGAUGGCCUUCCGCUGCAGGGCGGCCGGCUCCGGCACCGGCUGCAGAAUGGCUCACUGAUCAUCCGCAGGACGGAGAUGGACGACGCAGGACAGUACCAGUGCCUGGCAGAGAAUGAGCUGGGUGCAGUGGAGAAAGUGGUGGUCCUUGCGCUGCAGAGUGCCCCGGUGUUCCAGGUGAAGCCCCAGGACGUGACAGUGAGAUCUGGGGAUUCCGUGGCCCUGCGGUGCCAGGCCUCUGGAGAGCCGGCGCCCACAGUGGAGUGGCUGCGACAAGGCCAGCCCGUGGGGGCCAGCCGGAGGCUCCAGACCCUGCCAGACGGGAGCCUGUGGCUGGAGCGAGUGGAGGCCAGAGAUGCGGGCCCAUAUGAGUGCGUCGCUCACAACCUCCUGGGCUCUGCCACAGCCCAGGCGUUCCUGGUCGUGAGAGGAGAGCCCCGGGGGAGCCGGGGCAGCAUGAUCGGGGUGAUCAACGGCCAGAAAUUUGGCGCAGCCGUCCUCAACACCAGCAUGCAACAGGAGGCACGUUCUGGGGUCACCACCAUCCGCAGCAGCAUCAGCCACAUCCCCACGAGUGUAGGGCCUCUGAUGAGGGUGCUUGUGGUUACCAUCGCCCCCAUCUACUGGGCCCUGGCCGGAGAGAUUGGAGAUGCCCUGAAUGGCCACUCCCUGACGGGGGGUAGCUUCCAGCAGGAGUCGCAUGUGGAAUUUGCCACAGGGGAGCUGCUCACUAUGACCCAGGUGGCCCGGGGCCUGGAUCCCAACGGCCUCCUGCUCCUCGAUGUGGCGGUCAAUGGUGUCGUCCCCGAGAGCCUAGCGGAUGCAGACCUGCAAGUGCAGGACUUCCAGGAGCGGUAUGUGCAGACAGGGCCCGGCCGGCUCUUCGUGGGCUCCACGCAGAGCUUCCUGCAGGACAGCCUCCGCUCGUUCCUGCGCUGCAACCACAGCAUCCGGUACAGCGCGGCCCAGGGCCCCCAGCCCCAGCUGGUGCAGCACCUGCGGGCCUCUGCUAUCAGCUCGGCCUUCGACCCCGAGGCCGAGGCCCUGCGCUUCCGGCUCUCCACAGCCCUGCAAGCUGAAGAGAAUGAGGUUGGCUGCCCAGAGGGCUUUGAGCUGGACGCCCAGGGAGAGUUCUGUGUGGACAGGGACGAGUGCUCCGACGGCCCCCGGCCCUGCUCCCACUCCUGCCACAACGCCCCCGGCCGCUUCUCCUGCUCCUGCCCGGCUGGCUUUACCCUGGCCAGGGACGAAAGGACCUGCAGAGAUGUGGACGAGUGUGUGUGGGAGGCUGACCUCUGCCAAGAGGAUCAGCGCUGCGUGAACCUGCUGGGGUCCUACCACUGCCUGCCCGACUGCAGGCCUGGCUUCCGGGUGGCCGCCGAUGGAGCCAGUUGUGAAGAUGUGGACGAGUGUCUGGAGCAGAUGGAUGAGUGUCACUACAACCAGAUUUGUGAGAACAUCCCAGGCGGGCACCGCUGCAGCUGCCCCAGGGGCUACCGGGUCCAGGGCCUCGGCCUGCCCUGCCUAGAUAUCAACGAGUGCCUGCAGGUGCCCGGGCCCUGUGCCUACCAGUGCCACAACCUCCAGGGCGGCUACCGCUGCCUGUGCCCGCCAGGCCAGACUCUCCUCCGCGACGGCAAGACUUGUAGCCCGCUGGAGCGCAGUGAACCAAACGUGACCACCGUCAGCCACCGGGACCCCCUGGUGGACUGGCUGCGGGCCCGUGCCCCCAAGCCUGGGGGGUCCUACCAUGCCUGGAUCUCCCUCGGACCGGGCCCCAGAGCCCUGAGCAUGGGCCGGGCCUGGUGCCUGCCCGGCUUCAUCCGGCAGAACGGCGUCUGCACAGACCUGGAUGAGUGCCGCGUGAGGAACCUGUGCCAACACGCCUGCCGAAACACAGAGGGCAGCUACCAGUGCCUCUGCCCCGCAGGCUACCGCCUCCUCCCCAGCGGGAAGAACUGCCAGGACAUCAACGAGUGUGAGGAGGACGGCAUCGAGUGCGGGCCCGGCCAGAUGUGCUUCAACACCCGUGGCAGCUACCAGUGUGUGGACACGCCGUGUCCCGCCACCUACCGGCAGGGCUCCAGCCCCGGGACGUGCUUCCGGCGCUGCUCACAGGACUGCAGUUCGGGCGGCCCCUCCACGCUGCAGUACAAGCUGCUGCCGCUGCCCCUGGGCGUGCGCGCCCUCCACGACGUGGCUCGCCUGGCCGCCUUCUCCGAGGCCGGCAUCCCCGCCAACCGCACGGAGCUCAGCGUGCUCGAGCCCGACCCGCGCAGCCCCUUCGCGCUGCGCCCGCUGCGCGCCGGGCAUGGCGCCGUCUACACCCGCCGCGCGCUCACCCGCGCCGGCCUCUACCGGCUCACCGUGCGCGCCGCGGCGCCGCGCCACCAGAGCGUCUUCGUCCUGCUCAUCGCCGUGUCCCCCUACCCCUACUGAGGGCCGCGGCAGGGGCAGCGACUUCCGGGGAUGGGGGACAGAGAGGACCGGACCCCGCCCCCCCUCCCCCGCCACCCAGGUGGUGCCCUUGCCCAUGCCACCAGCUGUGGCAAGCGACGUCAUCUUCUCCUGUCCUCGUGCGUCAGCGAGACCUUCAGCAAACACGCCUCGGCGCGGCAGCCUUGACCCUAGGACAGCGAGGAUCCGAGCGCGCCUAGCUUCCUCCUCCAUGGGGGUGGAGCCCAGCAGGCAGGCGACAAACGCUGUCCUUAGGUGGCGAAGACAGCAGGCAGCUGGAGUGAAUGAAGCCUGAUCGGCUUCUGCGGUCUUUCCGCAAGCCCCAGGGGACCCCGGGCCGGGACGCAGCUCCCGGAGACACUUGAGGGGGGCGGGGGCCACAGCGGCUGUCUUCCACCCACCCCCGCCCCCGCCGCCCCGCCCAUACCUGGCAUUGUCAUCCUGCGGCGCCUGUGUGUAUGGAAACCAUAAAAACGUCCGUG